UGCAUUUGAAAAUUUAUGCGUCAACAGCUUGAGAAGGCUCUGCGAGAAAUGCGGUCAGAACAUGCCAAAAUCAAAUUUACAGCAGACUCAAAGUUGGCUGAAGCAAAUGCUUUAGUAGUUAGCAUUGAAGAGAAAUCUUUAGAAGUAGAAGCCAAAUUACGUUCUGCUGAUGCCAAAUUUGCAGAAAUCAGCAGAAAGAGUUCUGAGUUUGAUAGGAAAUCACAAGACCUGGAGGCUCAAGAAUCUGCACUUCGAAGGGAUCGUUUAUCCUUGAUUGCAGAACAAGAAGCACAUGAGAGUACAUUGUCUAAACAGAGAGAGGACUUGCGGGAAUGGGAGAAGAAACUACAGGAGGGAGAAGAGAGGCUGGCCAAGGGUCAAAGAAUUCUCAACGAAAGAGAGCAAAGGGCUAAUGAGAAUGACAGAAUGUGCAGGCAAAAAGAGAAGGACCUUGAAGAGACACAGAAGAAGAUUGAUGCAACUAAUAUAACACUGCAAAAUAAAGAAGAUGAUGUGAACAAUAGGCUUGCGGAUUUAACUCUUAAAGAGAAGGAAUUUGAUUCCGUGAGAAUAAACUUGGAUCUCAAAGAGAAGAAGUUAUCUGCAUGGGAGGAAAAACUUGAUGCUAGAGAAAAAGUUGAGAUGCAGAAUCUUCUUGAUGAACACAAUGCUAUUCUUGAUGCGAAGAAACAGGAGUUUGAUGUGGAAUUGGAUGAGAAAAGAAAAUCCUUUGAGGAUGGAUUGAAGAAUAAAUUGGUGGAAGUGGAAAAGAAAGAAGCUGAAAUCAAUCACAUGGAGGAGAAAUUUGCAAAACGGGAACAAGCCUUGGAAAAGAAAACAGAGAAGCUUAAAGAGAAAGAGAAAGAGUAUGAACUAAAAGUCAAAGCUUUGAAGGAAAGGGAGAAGUCUAUUAAAUCUGAAGAAAAAAGCUUGGUGACUGAGAAAGAGAAAAUAGAAAGUGAGAGAGAGGAAUUGCUCACACUUAAGGCUGAAGUUGAGAAAAUUAGAGCCAACAAUGAAGAAGAGUUGUUGAGGAUAAACGAAGAGACUAAUUGUCUUAAAGUGACUGAGGAGGAGAGGUCUGAAUAUCUACGUUUGCAGUCACAAUUGAAGCAUGAAGCUGAUCAGUACAGACACCAGAAAGAGCUACUUCUGAAGGAAGCUGAAGACUUAAGGCAACAGAAAGAGACUUUUGAAAGAGAAUGGGAUGAGCUGGAUCUGAAAAGAGCAGAUGUUGAGAAAGAGCUGAAAAGUGUGAUUCAGCAAAAGGAAGAAAUAUUAAAACUACAACAAUUUGAAGAGGAAAAGUUAAAGAAUGAGAAGCAGGCCACACAGGACUACGUGCAAAGGGAAUUAGAAACUCUUAAGUUGGCUAAAGAGUCAUUUGCUGCAGAAAUGGAGUUUGAGAAGUCAAGCCUAGCUGAAAAAGCUCAGAGUGAGAGAAAUCAAAUGCUUCUGGAUUUUGAGCUGCAAAAAAAGGAACUUGAAGCUGAUAUACAGAAUCAGUUAGAGCAGAAGGAAAAAAACUUGAUUGAGAGUAAGAAGUUAUUCGAGGAAAAAAGAGAGAGUGAAUUAAGCAACAUUAACUUCUUAAGAGAAGUAGCUAAUAGAGAAAUGGAUGAAAUGAAACUUCAAAGAAGUAAAUUAGAGAAGGAGAAACAAGAAGCUGAUGAGAAUAAAAAACAUCUUGAAAAGCAAAGGAUUGAAAUGCAAGAGGACAUAGAUGUACUUGUUGACCUCAACAAGAGGCUAAAAAAUCAGCGGGAGCAAUUUAUUGUGGAGAGACGACGCUUUGUUGAGUUUGUUGAGAAACUUCGGAGUUGCCAGAACUGUGGGGAAAUGAUCUCUGAAUUUGUGCUGUCUGAUUUACAAUCCUCUGUUGACGUUGAGAACUUAGAGGUGCCUUCUCUUCCAAAAUUAGCAGGUGAUAUUAUACGGGGAGAUUCUGAUGAAAAUUUAGCUUCUACAAGGCAAAAUACUGGAGUGUCUCCUGCAUUUGAUUCAAAGUCACCUGUUUCUGGUGGCACUAUCUCUUGGCUACGUAAAUGCACAUCUAAGAUUUUAAAAAUUUCCCCGAUUAGAAAGAUUGAAUCUGAAGAUGCUGGUACUUUAAGAGAUGUUGUGAUUUCUUCUGCUGAGAAAACUAAUGUGGAAGAUUCACCAGGAAGAAUUCCUGGCACUGAAAAUGAGGCAGAGUUGUCAAUUGCUGUUGUAAAUGAUUCUUUUGAUGCACGUAGGGUACAAUCUGGUAGGGUACAAUCUGGCAACGAUAUGACAGAGGUUGAAGCUGACCAAGAUCCAUCAGUUGAAAACCAGAGCAAUGUUGACAGUAAGGCACCCGAAGAUAUACAACCUCCUGAUUCAAAGGCUGGGAAGCAGAAACCUCGCAAGGGAGGGGGAAGAACCAGAGUAAAACGUACCCACACUGUGAAAGCCGUUCUCAGAGAGGCUAGGGGUAUACUUGGGGAAGCUGCUGAAGCAUUACCUGGGGAAUCUGUGGAUGAUCAUGAGACUGAGUUUCCAAAUGGAAAUGCUGAGGAUUCUGCCAAUGUGAAUUCUGAAAGUCAGAAACCAUCCAAUAGGAGAAUACCUGUGAAUGUCAGGAAGCGUAACCGGGUUCAAACAUCUCAAAUGACUGUAAGUGGGCAUGAUGACAAUGCCAGUGAAGGACAUUCUGAUAGUCUAAUACCAGAGCAGCGCAAAAGGAGGCGGCAGAAGGCUGCUGCUGCCCCUCCACAAACUGCUGGUGAAACAAGAUAUAAUCUGAGACGACCCAAAACUGGAGCAACAUCAUCUGUUAGAGCUAUGUCUGGUGGUGGCAAAGAAAGUCAGGGAGAGGUUGAUCGUGUAAAAGAUACAGAAGAAGGAAUUGUUGACGCAAAAGCUUCUCAUUCACAUUCAGUGGGUAUUACUAAUGAGAAUGGUGGAAGCAUACAUCUUGAGCAGUCUCUGAAAGGUGUGGAUACGAGGGAUGGUUAUGGUGGUGAUACUGCAGGGACCUUUGGCAAUAAUAUGGCCAUGAGUGAGGAGGUGAAUGGAACAGCAGACGAUGUGGAGGAGAAUGAUGCUGAGUAUAGGAGUGAAUCCCAUGGGGGAGAUGCUGCUGGUGUUGACAAUGAGGACGAUGAUGAGUACCAACAACCUGGUGAAGCUUCAAUAGGGAAGAAGCUUUGGAAUUUUUUUACAACAUAACUCCAGCUUCUUGAAAAUGAAGCUUGUGUCUUGACCUCAUCAACUUUAGGGAUGAUGUCAGAAGUUAUCUUCUAUUAACAAUUGAGAGUAGAUCUCUAAAUUAUAACCACGAGGGGUAGUACUUAGAGGUGAUUGAAUUUCUCUAGGGUUUUAUUCUUCAUGUACGGUUUUCAUGGAUAUUUGAAUGGAACCUCUGGUAUUUUGUUGAUAGUUUAGGCAUUCGAUAGUGUAGCUAAAGUUUAGAUAUUGGAUUUUAGCUACCUCCCCUUGGAAAUUGAUUGUAUCCAAAUGUUUGUAUCUCAUCUGCUAAAUGUGAUUGUUUGAAUUUAAUGAGGGUGCUUUUGUAUCCCCAUUGUGAGUUACGGGAGUGUAUUUGGGUU